AGCCGGGCGCCGAGGUGCGUGGAGUGGAGCUCGGGGCUGCGGAGGAGAGCGGAGCUGAGCGGCUGGGCGGGCCUGGCCAGGCCAGCGGAGCGGAGACGUCGGCCGAGCGGCGGCGAACAUGCGCUUUUGACACAUUGGAGGCUUUCUUGAUCAUGGAUGGUGAAGAGAUACCAGAUUUUUCAAGUCUAAAGGAAGAAACUGCUUAUUGGAAGGAACUUUCCUUGAAGUAUAAGCAAAGCUUCCAGGAAGCUCGGGAUGAGCUAGUUGAAUUCCAGGAAGGAAGCAGAGAAUUAGAAGCAGAGUUGGAGGCACAAUUAGUACAAGCUGAACAAAGAAACAGAGAUCUGCAAGCUGAUAACCAAAGACUGAAAUAUGAAGUGGAGACAUUAAAGGAGAAACUAGAACAUCAGUAUGCACAGAGCUAUAAGCAGGUCUCAGUUUUAGAAGAUGAUUUAAGUCAGACCCGGGCUAUUAAGGAGCAGUUGCAUAAGUAUGUCAGAGAGUUGGAGCAGGCCAAUGAUGACCUGGAGAGAGCAAAAAGGGCAACAAUAGUUUCAUUGGAAGACUUUGAACAAAGGCUAAAUCAAGCCAUUGAACGAAAUGCAUUUUUAGAAAGUGAACUUGAUGAAAAGGAAUCUUUGUUGGUCUCUGUACAGAGGUUAAAGGAUGAAGCAAGAGAUUUAAGGCAAGAGCUAGCAGUUCGGGAACGACAACAGGAAGUGACCCGAAAGUCAGCUCCCAGUUCUCCAACUCUAGACUGUGAGAAGAUGGAUUCUGCUGUCCAAGCCUCCCUCUCCUUGCCAGCAACUCCUGUUGGCAAAGGAACAGAAAAUAGUUUCCCUUCACCAAAAGCUAUACCAAAUGGUUUUGGAACCAGCCCGUUAACUCCUUCUGCUAGGAUAUCAGCACUAAACAUCGUGGGGGAUCUCUUACGGAAAGUAGGGGCUUUAGAAUCCAAAUUAGCAGCUUGCAGGAAUUUUGCAAAGGACCAAGCAUCACGAAAAUCCUAUAUUUCAGGGAAUGUUAACUGCGGGGUGAUGAAUAGCAACGGCACAAAGUUCUCGCGGUCAGGGCACACGUCCUUCUUUGACAAAGGGCAAGAAAAAGUCAUAUUUCCUACGUUGUUCAUGGGGCAGUAAAUGGCUUUGACCCAGCACCACCUCCACCUGGUUUGGGCUCUUCACGCCCAUCGUCAGCACCGGGUAUGCUGCCUCUCAGUGUGUGAGUGCCCGGCCUCCAGGUGGGGGUCCCUGCCCUCCUCCAGCAGCCCAGGACACCUGCGCCUUGCCCCUCGGUGCCUGGGGGUCCAGCCCUGUGCCCCUCUGUCUGCCUCCCCACCGCUGGCAGAGGGCAGGCUGCAUGCAGUGGUGGCUGCUGGGCACUGCCCAGCCCCAGGACUCUGCGCGAUAUCAAUACUGGCUAUUUUCUCUUCCUGCCGUAGUGCCGUUGGUUUCACAUGAUUGCACUUUUGUGGGUCACAAGUGAUACAUACGUGUAUUGCUCAAUCACUGGAUGUGGAAGUACCCAUUCAUCACACCUGCCUCAUUGCCCCCACUUUGCUGUGCUGAUAGGAUUUAGUUGUGUUUAGAACAUUCUAGAAGUUCUCCCUCAAUCAGGUUGAUGUGUGCCCUUCUAAGCUCCCACCCAAGCAUCUUCAUUACUUAUAAUCAUGUGUCUCCCAACUUCAUCCCUACAGUUCAGGUCUGUUUCUGGCCAAGUGUCAGGAAGGCCCCUGAAUGAGGGACUUGCACCUUCUAACUUUGCAUAAGCAGUUACCGUUCAUUCCAUAGACUUGUCUCCCAAAGCAAUGAAUGCCUGUCUGAGCCGCAGGUGGCAGGAGCCUCUGGGGCCUGGGCAUUCAGGGCUGAGCCUCUGCUGCCCUUUCCUUCAUGUGCCUCAGACUCAAGAGGCAGGUGGCAACCUUCUUGCCAGCUUUCUGGUCCCUCAGUUCAAUGACAUCUCAGAGCAUUUUUGUUUUCUCUUUUGAAGGUCCGUCCAGUUGCAUUGGGAAGGGUUGAGGGGCCUGAUUCCAGGGCUGGCUGGCGCUGGCUCCUGGAGGCAGACUGGCCAGGGUUGUCCCUUGCAUCCUUUAAUUACUCUCAUGCUGCACUUACUGUUUACAUUUGUUUUAUUGUACAUAGGUUUGUAAACAUUACUGCCUAAGAUAUUUGUAUAUAACUUGGGCUUUGUAGCUUUUAUUUAUUCAGACUCAUAUGGCAUGUUAAUGACUUAUGAUGGUGUCCUACUCUGGGCAGCUGUAUAGGAUCAUCAUGUGGUUAAAAGAAUACUUUCCCUCCAAAAAAAAUCUUUUAAUGUGGAAACAAUAAAUUUCACAGAAAAUAA